AUGUUCCGAAAAAUCGUAACAGUCCUAGCUUUGGUUUCAACAGUGCAUUCUGUUGAGUUCCAAAUCAAAAAUAAUUCUCCUGACACUCCAGUCUUUAUUCAAAUCCUUGGAACGGAAUAUCCUGAUCCUUUCACUCUUCAAGGAAACGAGGAAAAAACCCUCACUUUGAAUGAGCCCUGGAGUGGGCGUAUUUGGGGCCGUGUUGACUGCUACAGUGUCCAGGAGUGUGGGGCUGCUGGCCCCAUCCCAGCCUCGCUUGCUGAAAUAACUGUCGGGGAUGGUAAUGCUUUCUAUGACUUGUCUUUGGUUGAUGGAUUCAACAUUAAUCUAUCGAUGGAACCUGUCGGAGGUCAUGGGAACGGCGGUGAGUACAGUUGCAAGAAAUCCGAAUGUUCAUACCCGAUUUUGGACGACUGUCCCGAGGAAUUGAAAUUGUUCAACAAAGAUGGUGUUUUGGUCAGCUGCCAAGCUGCUUGCAACGUGUUCAAUGACGAUUUGUACUGCUGUCGAGGGGAACAUUCGACUCCUGAUACUUGCAAAUCUUCCGAUUGGCCUGUUGAUUAUGCUGGAUUUUUCAAAGACAGAUGUCCAGAUGCCUAUAGUUACGCCUACGAUGACCAGCAAAGUACCUAUACUUGCGAUUCGAACAAAUUCAUUAUUACUUUCUUGUAAAAUAUUCAAAUAAAUAUUUUUUUAAUUAUUA